GCCGUGUAGAGCUCUUUCCCCAGCUGAGAUGGCAGGUUGGGGAGAAAGGAUGGCGGAUGUAUUAUUUCCGAUGCGCAUGGAGGCACAGAGAGCUGCCGAGCUGCGCCAGCCCGGAGAGCCCUUCACCGUCACCCUCUCCUCCAGCGGAGCCCCGGCUUACGACCUGUCGGCCACCAAACAGCUGGCGUUCGGCUUGGCCGAUGGAUCUCUCGCGCCUGAUGCGGCUGCCCGGCUGCUGACGCAACACAGGGCCGACCCUUCUGGACUCUACUACAAGGAGAGCCGCCGCCGGUCCGAAUCAUAUUGGUCUUCUCUGCUCCAUCUGGCGGCCGAGAAGUGCAGCGGGGCGGAGGGUGCGGCCAUCCUGACACACCUUCUCUCGAGCCCCUUCUGUCCAGAUGUCAACCAGACCACCCCGUUUGCCGAGGAUUGCUUGCGCAUCCCCUGGGAGUCUCACGACGAGGCGCCCUUGGACGCCCUGCUGGACCGCCUCCCUCGUGCGACAGACUCCCCCGGUCGACGGGAGCACCCCACUCAGCUGCCCGCCCUCCUGCCUAUGAUCGAGACGCUCCUCAGCCACGGCGCGACAUGCUACAGCCACUGGGACAGUGAGGGGCUGCUCGGCAAGGUCUUUCAGAGCGGCGCUGACAUGACGGCCAAGGAGUGCCUCGAGGCCGUCGGUCGGCUGACCAGCGCGGCCGCAAGAGCAAGGACCUACAGACCCACCGCAUCCAUCCUCUAUGGACCCUUCACCUUCUCGUCUGCGUGUGGCUGCCGAUUCCGCGAGGAGGAGGCGGUGCCAGGUGGGCGGCAGGGGGAGGGCGAGAAGGCGGCGGCUGACGAGGGCCAGACCAACCCCGCCAUUGCCAUACUCGAGAAGGUGCUUGAGGGGACGGGCAGAGAGGUGUUGGAAGGACAGGAGGGCAGUCGUGCGUUGGAGCGUGCCGUAGAGAGUCAGAACAGGGAGGUGGUGUACUGGCUGGUGAGGCAGGGAGUGCAGGAUUGCCGACGCCCCUUCCAGGACGAUCGCACACUCUGUUCUGCUCACUGGGAUGUCGAUGUGAUGUCACUGCUGGUGAGCGAGGCGGGGGCUGACGUAGACGACGGGCUGCCCCUCGUCAGUUUUGUUCGUCGUGAGCACUACACUGCUGCACACCACCUGGUGCACCUGGGGGCGUCCGUAGACAGAGCACUCACACACCGCGGCACGAGAGCCAAAGACCGGCACCGCAUUUUGUCGGUGUAUCACUCCUAUCUGACUCGCUCUGUGCCGACACACGCCAUGCGCUUCAUCAACACAUCCCUCGCCCCUCUGCGCACCCUCUCUGGCGUGUCGGCCUGUCAUCGCGUGUUCGGUUUGGGUGUGUUGUGCUGUCAGAUUGCCGCUUAUCUAGACCCCCUCGCUCCACUGCCCUUCUCUGAUCGCACGCCACUCGGGCGGCGGCUCAAUGCCGCUCUGCGUCAUUUCCUCAAGCGUGCCUGCAAUUUGGCUGGCCACUCUGUGAGGCGGCGUUUGUUUCGACACACUGCCUUUGUGACACCACACCUCACACACGCAUCGGCCAGCGAGGAAGGGGGAGGGGCGGGAUGCGGGCAGAUACUCGACGAGGGCGUUGUGUAUGGAGUGCGCGACGUGCUGCACGUGAUUCGGUGUGAGGAGGCCCACCACUACGGGCUGCCUCGCAUGGUCAGGGGCUUUGGCAACAGGAAGGCGUUCGCGUGUGCGUUUGAUGGCAAUGUGGUGGGGGGUGGGGUAGGGGGAAGGCAGUGUGUGGUGGAGAGGAUAGAGGGGUGGGAGGGGAUGGGGGAAAGAGGGCCGCCCGGGGCCAUGUGGGCCAAUGGGCAAGACAAGACCAUAGACGAGGUACCUGGGGGGAGGCAGCGAGGGAGGGAGGGAGGGGGGUCGUCACGGAUAGGCUGGCAAAUGGUGUGUGUGUGUUGUGUGUGUGUGUGUGUGUGUGUGUGUGCAGGAUGUUAUGGAUGAGGAUGCCAUGUCUGGCAUGGAGGAUAUGGCCGAUGAGGACAACAGGUCAGCGAAGCGACAAAACAGAGGAGGGCGCCGGCCAUUGGAGCACUCAUGAGUGUAUGUCUGUCUGCAUGUCGUGCGUGUGGUCUUGUUGUUUGUCCAUCCAUCCAUCCAUCCAGCUUGGGCAUUGGUCGUGGUGACGAUACGGGCGCCAGAGCAGCAGCGGCACGAAGGGGACGACCAGUGAGUGGCAAGUCAAAGGAGGGGACAGAUUGGUCUGUCUGUCUGCUCCGUCUGUCUGUCUGUCUGCAGCAUGAGGAGCUCAUGCCAUCGGAUGACUGACGGCAGCAACCAAUCCCAUCCAAUUGAGUGAAGGUGCGUGACCGCCACAACGGCUGGACAGCCGUCUUAUUUCUUUCUUUGUGUGUGUACACGUGCACUCCCACGUGCAGCCAGACAGAUGUCGAUGUGAAUAGGUACGUGUAUGGAUCGCGAUGCAUCUGAUCUGCUGCCUUCAGACUCAGACACAGACGCGGGUGUGUGUGACUGACUGACUGACUGGCUGAGUGAGUGAGUGGUGUGGAUGUGGCCGGUUCAUGACAUGGUGUGGUUGAACGAAUGUGUACAUACAGCCGAGAUCGAAUCAUUCAUUCAUUCCCCUUUGCAAAGGGGAUCGGCGGAUCGGUCUCGGUCGGUUGGGUUAGGGUUUGACAAGCACGCACGCAU